CCGCAGUUUAGUUACUAGGGUGUCCCCAGCAGAGGAAGUUCUGCUCCGCAGGCCCUUGCUGCGGGCCGCGAGUUAUCUAUACCAAGCUCCUAGGAAGAUGAAGUCUUUUUCCAUCUCCCAUACCAUGUUGUGUUCACAUCUGCCUUGUUAUAUAAUUUUCUUCAUUGCUCUCCAUGUUCACAAGUUGGAUUCAGUGAAUUUCAAAGUCAAGGGACCUGAUCACCCCAUCACAGCCAUUGCUGGUAAGGAAAUUGUGUUAUCCUGUCACCUGUUGCCCAGGAUGAGCGCAGAAAACAUGGAGGUGAGAUGGUACCGGACUCAGUUCCUUGAAGUUAUACAUCUAUAUCAGGAUGGAGUAGAUCACUAUGAAAAGCAGAUGCCAGCAUAUCAGGGAAGGACAGAGCUUCUGAGAGAUGGUAUUGCCGAUGGAAACAUUGCAUUGAGAAUAUACAGAAUCACACCUGCUGAUGAAGGACACUACAGUUGUUUUAUCCAAUCAAGUGCAUUUUAUGGAGAAGCUAUGUUGGAGCUCAAAGUAGCAGGUUUUGGUUCUGACCCUCGCAUUUCGAUUGAGGGUUACCAGGACAGAGGGAUCCGGGUGGUAUGUGAAUCUGCUGGAUGGUAUCCUGAGCCUAAGGCACAAUGGAGAGAUCAAAAUGGGCAGCUCUUAGCAUCAUCUUCUGAAACUAAAUCCAAAGAUGCCAAUGGUCUGUUUCAAAUGCAAAUUUCCAUUGUUACAACAGAAAAUUCCAACAGAGACUUGUCCUGUUUUGUCAGGAACCCAAGCUUCAACCAGGAGAGAGAGUCAACGAUUUAUAUAACAGAUGUGUUUUUCCCGAGGGUCUCUCCCUGGAUGGUGGCUGUGUGUGUAAUUCUGGCUCUUUUGGGUUUUCUCAUUUUCCCAGCCAUUUACUACUUUUGGAAGAAACACGAAGCAAAAGGGGAACUCCUGGCUGAACUUCGGUGGAGUAAUGUCAGACAAUAUGCAGUGGAUGUGACUCUGGAUCCAGACACAGCUUAUCCUCACCUCGUCCUGUCCGAGAAUCGGAAAAGUGUGGAAUGGAGAUCUCAACAUCAGGAUGUACCUGACUGCCCCAAGAGAUUUGACUGUGUAACCUGUGUGCUGGGCUAUGAGGGCUUCACCUCAGGGAGACAUUACUGGGAGAUAGAUGUAGGGGAUGGGACAAAUUGGGGUGUGGGAGUAGCCAGAGAGACUGUGAGCAGGAAGGGAUGGAUCACACCCAUGCCUGAGGAUGGAUUCUGGGCUGUGGAAGAGUGCAGGGGCCAAUACCGAGCCCUCACCUCUAUUGAGAUGCCCCUGUCCCUGAGUAAGAGCAUCAGGAAAAUUGGGAUUUACCUGGACUAUGAAGGGGGGCGAGUAGCAUUCUAUGAUCUGGUUAGAGAGGACCCGUUCUUCACUUUCACAGCCCAUUUCACUGAGAAAAUAUUUCCUUUCUUCUUGGUGUAUUCUCAGCUCACAGUGUGUCCCUGGGGGGACUUGAGAAUGAUUUGCCUCCCAUUGGUGUCUGAGCUUUAGCCUCACACUGCUAAGUCUCUGGGGGAUUAUCUGCUUCUCAGCAGGUACAGAUUCUCUGUCUCCAGGGAGGAAAGUUAGGGCAUGUCCACACUGGUAGAGUUACAUCACCUUUGUCUGUGACGAAGUGGGAAUGUUCAUAAUGUUUUCUCUGAAUACUGUGUGGGUGCCGCAGUUUCCCU